GCUAGUCUUUGCUAUAGGAGGACGAUCUCUUAGGCAGGGUUCUUGAGUUUUUUUGGAACUCAAGAACCGUAAAUGGCUGUGAUUGGGCUCUAAAUAGUCGUAAUGAUACUGGCCUGCUGGUCUUGACCAGAAUUAUUGUAAGUGAUAUAUAAAAAAUACAUUUGAUGGCAAAAAGCGUAACAAGAAAUUCCUCCGUCAUCAAGAUAAUCACUUCAGCUCUAAUCAACAGCACCGAUGAUUAUAUUGUUGGUGACAGCGAAUGGUCUAACGGUUGUCGCUCUGAUCUCGUACUGGAGCCAAAAUCUCUUUCAACCAGUUUACCGCCCAUCAUUAUCGAGUUUCAGCAAUCAGUCAACAACAUAUUCAUAAAACGUGCCAUUGAAUACGCAUUACAGGCUUAUAAGCGCUACCAAGUUAACCCAAUUAUUUUAAUUAUUUGCAUGAAUAACUUGUCCAGUGACAUCGAAUCAUUGACGAAAUCAAUCAACAUCCUUGGCUGUCGAACUUACCCUUCCCACAGUUGGGCUAGAAAUGGAAAUGUCUAGAACUCAAAGGUAUUUUUUAGAAUCACGUGAAGGUCUACACGUCAAUUGACAUGCCCUAUCGUCUAAACUUAAUAGGAUGAUCGAUUUUUGUUUUCUAUAAAAUCUGCUUUACUAUCAUUACAAGCUAGUACUACUGGAGGGCAGAUAGACAACUACCAAGUUCUGACUGCUUGCUUGGAAGGUUUUGCAAGUGUUUCUAUUUUAAGUAAAGGCCCAAACAUUAUAGAAGAUGAAACAAACAAUUAUAUCAUUCUGACAUAAGCUUGUUUCUGGAUGAUAAGAAAUCAUCCUGACAUAAGCGCUUGUUUAUCUAUAAAUAAAG